AUGUCUCAACUCUCACAACGGUCCCAAAGUCCCCUCGCUGCGCCGGCUGAGAUCCUCGCCCCGGCAACGCCAGUCAAGCGUGCGACUUUGUCUCCGUCGCCAGAUCUGAGUGCCGCCGCCCAGGGCCGAUCCUCCCAGUCAGACAAGAAAUUCCUCUCACCGCCGCCUCUUUCAUCAUCCGACAUGACUCCACCACCCUCCACCCAAAUUCCGGGGGCGCCUCUGCGCCGGUCUCACUCACGCUCUCUCAGUCCCUCCCUCAUCACUCCGGCGGAUUUGGACAAGUCGCUCUGCGAUGCUUACGGAGUGUCGGAGAACCUUCCCACGGCUGAGGAGAUUGACAACGCCAGUGAGACUCAACUGCGCUCAAUCGCCAAGGAUCUUCUCGCCGUCGCUCAAGAGGCCCGCAUGUCCGCCCUUCACUUCAAACUACAGAACAGCCUUGUCUCAUUUGCCAGCAACGAGGCUGUUAAGCGCGCUGAGGUGGAGCACCAGCUCGCCAAGCGCGAAGUAGAGAUUAUACAGAGCGCAGAGUACCGCAGCCGCUCGCGGCCUGCCGAGCCUAUCACACCCAAGCAGUCUAUCUCUGCUGAUGAGUACUCGACUGCCGUUCAGCGGUCGCGAGAGUUGGAGAACGUCAACGCUCUCCUGGAUCGCCGACUGCGAAAUGCGAAGCGCGCGAUUGACGACGCCACUUCACGCUCUGUGGAGCUCACCGAGCAGAAUAAUAUGUUAAAGAGGCGCAUUGAAGACAACCGCCGGCAUUUCUCCCAAAUAUACAACUACGGGAGCCUAUCCCCGGGUAUGCAAAAUGAGCUGCACACGAUAUGUCGUGGCGAGCACACCGACGGGCUUGCUGCCCUCCUUUUCGCAGACAAGUUCACAAAUCACAUCCAUGAGCCGCAGAGCUCGUACGGUGCUCCCUCUUCAGUCCCCGUCACUCCCAACCACCCCCGCUCCGCUCGCCAGGAACGUCAGUUUAUGACACCUGCCCGGGGUACCCAGUACGACAGCGACAGCACUGUCUCUCUCUCUGGUGAGGACGAGGACGAGGGCAUGCGGCAUCCUCAGAUGCGCUCGACUGCCCCGAGGACGAGCUCUCUGCUUCAAACGAAGUUAUUUGGUCAAGUGAAGAAGCCCGGCGUGUCACGGCCUCAAUCACACAAGCGCAAGGCCAGUUCCGAGGAAGAUGGCUCAGUCAAGAGAUCCAGAAAGGGAGGAGUGGGUCUUGGAAUCCACUCCUAA